AUGAGGUUUUCAACUCUGCCUUUCGUCCUCAGCAUAAUUUCCAUCCAUGCUAAGGAACUGCUUUCCCGUCAAACAGAGUGGCAGGUCGGUCAGCCCGUCUCAACCAGCAGUGGUACUGUCACGGGACAUGACGGAGGCAACGAUACCAAGGUUUCCGAAUAUUUGGGAAUCCCAUUUGCGGAACCUCCAAUCGGGAAAUUCAGAUUUGCAGCUCCGAGGAAAUUCGUGGGUACCGCACAGCUGAACGGGACAAAGUUUGGGCCAUCCUGUCAGGUUAAGCCAGGCUCCAGUUCGCCAACUCCAGAUGAGCUCGCCAAAGCCAAUCUCACGGCAGAAACCGCUAUUGUUGAUAACUUAUUUACCGACCACAACCAGGUGAAUGAGGACUGCUUGUACCUUAACGUGUGGACGAAGCCACAGGUUGGUGAAAAGAAAAAAGCUGUACUUGUGUGGAUCUACGGUGGCGCGUUUAACACCGGAAGCUCCUCCAUCAACGCUUACAACGGUCGAAACUUAGCAGCACUUGAAGACGUCGUUGUUGUAUCCCUUAACUAUCGUCUUAAUAUUUUUGGCUUCCCAGCCCAUCCAAAUGGGACCUACAAUGUGGCAUUCCUUGACCAGAGGCUUGCCAUCGAAUGGGUUCGCGACAACAUUGAGAAAUUUGGAGGAGAUUCUUCAAGGAUAUCUAUCUUUGGACAAUCAGCAGGUGCAUCAUCAAUCGACUUUUACACGUAUGCGUGGGAAUCCGAUCCAAUAGCCUCUGGAUUUAUUAUGGAAUCUGGAACGGUGUUUAGUUGGGGUCUUCCAAAUUCUGCAAGCACCACUACUGCUGCGUGGUUCAGCACUUCCCAGAAGUUAGGUUGCGGAAACUCUACUAGCCCCUCCAAUAGUGUACUCUCAUGCAUGCAAAGCAAAAGCCCCGAAGAAAUUUACGCUGCCAUUCCAUCUGGCCCAGCUAGUGAGAUAUUAGGCUCAUUCGGACCUACCAUCGAUAACAGCAUCGUAUUUUCCAAUUAUUCAGGCCGAGCCCCUGCAAAUGUUCCCGUCCUACUUGGGAACAAUGACUAUGAAGCUGGUUUAUUCCGGACAGAAUUUUCUAUGCACGGGAUUGAACUAUCUGAAACUUUCUGGACUGACUUCAACCUUCAAGAAUUUACCUGUCCAUGUUCCGACCGGGCUAAUUCUUCCAUUGCUGCAAAGGUACCGACAUGGAGGUACCGAUAUAUGGGAGUAUACCCAAAUCUUGAAAUAUCUCCCAAAGCAGGCGCUUGGCACGGCGCUGAGAUCCCCCUCAUUUUCAACACAGCGCCUGAAAAUAUGUCAUCGACCGCUGAGGAAAUUGCGACAGGCAAAUACAUACGAGGGGCAUGGUCCGCCUUUGCUAAAAAUCCCUCAGAUGGUCUCACAAAGUAUGGAUGGCCCAAAUACGACCCUACCCAAGAUACCUUAGUUCGCAUUGGUCGCAAAGAUAUUCCCGGGCCUAGUCUCAUAAAUCCCUACCGCUAUGAUGCAGACUGUCCAUUUUUUAAUGUCAGUAGUACCGAUCCGUCAAAAUUCCCUGACGUUCCAGACUAUGGAGCUAGUGUGACACCCACAGGGACUGGUGGUGAAGCUCCUUCGGCUACGGGAUCAACGAUACCUCCCAUUUCUUCAGCCAACUCUGCCAGCACACUCAAUACAAGAGCUGUGGGUGUCUUUGGUAGCACAAGUCUAAUGAUGAUUUUUGGUAGGCAUUUUUAA